ACUAAAUAUGGUUUUGAGCCAAUGGAAACUUCUACCGUAUAGUGUGAUAAUGUACCCCAGUGUGGGUAGAGCAGUGUGUGUGCUGUUAACAGUAUCUUUUCCCUAAGCAAUAAUUUGUAGUCAAACCUUUAAUAUAUGAUUCAGAAAUGCACGUUUAAAUAAACCUCAGACACAUUCACUACAGUAAAGAGUGUGACAAGUUCCCUCAGGUUUUCAGAAGGUAAGCUAACAUAUCUAAUGGCCGAGGAGAUUACUCAAACCUUACACUCCCGCAGAAGUCCUGCGCAAGGAUGCGUUCAGGUCUCGUCUCUUUCUCUCUCCUCUCCAUAUGGAGGCACGAUAGCCCCUUUGACUUUACGGAGGGAGGAGCUCUAGUGAAGUGAAGCUCCAGCACAAGCUCAUUCACUGGGCAGAUCGAGAGACUGGAGAAUCUGUGCCUCCUCCACACCUUCAGUAAGAAACCGCGGGGGUCAGGCGCUCUCCGAAGCGACGCGGGCAGCUGAAUAUUAAUUGCGGACUUUUAUUGUCGGCCACUGGACUAGCUGAACACUGAAACGUGGAGCCCAAGAAAUGCGGGCGCAAAAUAUCUGAACAUCGCGACUGGACACGUAAAUGAAUAAUAAAACAACCCACUGCGCGAUGGAGAGCUCAGGGCAAGUUGGAUCUGGACUUGUUCCAUGCGUCUUUUUGCGCGGUGGGCUCUUCCGUGCCAAGGAAGCAUUUUGAGAAGUCCAGGCGUCCGGUUUGUGCUACAAAACUGGGUGGUUUUGUUUGAUCCACAAAGCACAGAUAACUUGGCCAAGUGGAGCUACAAAGACUCCUGCGCUGCGUAAUUUGGGUACAAGGAAGGGAAAAAAAUGCUGGCCAGGAUCAUUUUUGUUUGCUCCUUCUUUGCUGGUGCUAGUUUUGGGAAUACUGAGCCUAAUGCAUUGUAUGGGGGAGCUUGCAAAUCUUUGUGCACCUGUGAAGAGAAAGAUGGACACUUGUACAUGAACUGUGAAGACAGAAACAUAAGCAAAAUCUCAGACGUGAAGGUACCAUCAGAUAUGCCUUUGCAUUUAAACCUAUAUAAAAAUGACUUAGUGGAGUUACUUGCAGAAGAUAUGGAUGCUUUCAAGAACGCCGUCACCUUACAUCUGGGUUUAAACAGCAUACAGGAGCUUGAACCUGGUGUUUUCAGUGCACUGGGAUCCCUAAGAAAGCUGCACAUAAACAGCAAUUUCCUGGUCAUGCUGAAGGAGGACACAUUUCACGGCUUGGUAAAUUUGGAAUACCUUCAGGCUGACACCAACUUCAUCCGGGUCGUGGAGCCUGGGGCCUUUAGCAAGCUUGUCCGUCUUAAAGUUCUGAUCCUCAAUGACAACUCCAUAGAGUUCCUUCCAAGCAACAUUUUCCGCUUUGUGCCUCUGACACAUUUGGAUCUGCGUGGGAACAAGCUGCAGACACUGCCGUACGUGGGUUUCCUGGAGCAUAUUGGUCGUAUCAUGGAGCUCCUGUUGGAGGACAACAACUGGAUGUGCAAUUGUGAAAUCUUGCAUUUGAAGGUCUGGAUCGAGAACAUGCGGGCGCAGUCAUCUAUCGGCGAGGUGGUUUGCAACAGGCCUGAGGAUCUUAGGGGCAUUUCUUUGGCUAGGGUCAAAAGAGAUUUACUUUGCCCCUCCCAUGCCGACAUCAAUCUCGAAGAACCAUCAAAGUCUCUAGACAUGGUUGUCACCCCAUCCACCAAGGUUGUUCAGAUACCGAAUGUCAAUGAUGGCACAAAAGUACCCACACCUGCAAACGGCCCAGGGACAUUUUGCGUGCCAAUGUGCUCUUGUCCUCCCCAAAGCAUGGGUUUCUUAAUGCACUGUGAGGACCGAGGCAUUCAAAGGAUAUCUGAUAUAGGCAUUCUUGAACAAAGCCCAACCAAGUUGUUUUUAACAGGAAAUAUGAUACAGCGACUUUUCAAGUAUGACUUUGUGACGUACGACAGUCUGGAACUUCUCAAUUUGGCGAACAACCAAAUAGACUACAUUGACAAUGAAACCUUUCUGAGUUUGAGCAAUUUGAAAAAGCUGUACCUGAAUGGAAACAGGAUAGAGAAAAUCUCAGCAACAAUGUUUCUUGGCCUUCACAAUUUGGAAUACUUGUACUUGGAGCAUAAUGUCAUCAAAGACAUUGAUGCUGGAUCAUUCAACCCUUUGACAAAUCUAAAACUCCUGUUCCUAAACAACAAUCUACUCAACACUCUCCCUGCACAGAUAUUUCGUAAUGUGCCCUUGGUGAGAUUGAACCUAAGGAAAAAUGUCUUUAUGCACUUACCGGUGAGUAAUGUGUUGGACCAGCUCAAUUAUUUGGAGCAAAUUUAUCUUGAGGACAAUCCUUGGGACUGCACUUGUGAUUUGGUCAGCCUCAAACAGUGGGUGGAAAAGCUAAGCAAGGAUACCGUGAUAGGUACCAUCUUAUGCCACACCCCUCAAAAACUGUCUACUGCUGAGGUUAGAAACCUGAAGCAUGAUGUUCUCUGUCCUGGCUUGGUCACCUAUAAGUCCUUACCGGGAGACACCAAGGAUGCUAUCGUAGCCACGCCUGAGCCAGGGGUCAGCACCAGCGGCUUCUUCCGGUCUCUGACAGAAGCAGUGCCACUAUCUGUGCUCAUCCUCAGCCUUCUCAUCCUCUUCCUGACCUUCAUUUUCUGUGCUGCAGGGAUCAUUGUGUUUGUGCUACACCGUCGGCGGAGACAUGCCAAGAAGAAACAAUUCGAGGAGCAACCUCGUGAGAACAGUCCCAUCCACCUCCACUACAGCAUGUAUGGCCAGAAGACCACCCACCACGUAACUGAAAGGCAAGGACCCGGCAUGUACGACGAACCUUCCCAUAGCCCCAUUGUUCAGGUCUGCAGAAACCCUAGUUACUGCUCUCAGCACAAAGAAUAUGAGUUGGAUGAGUACGACAGUGAGAAACCUAAGCAUAUCUGCCAUAGCAUCCUCGACAAGGAGAGCGACACCCUCCUCACGGGACCCAACGUGAAGUUCAGGGCCGUCACCGACUACCCUGCUGAGUUUGUGAGUUUGGGAGAUGCAAGCUCCUUGUACAAGAACAUCUUAGAAAGGGAACGGGAGCUCCAACAGCUCAGCCUCAGUGAAUAUCUCAGGAAAAACAUAUCACAGCUACAACCAGCGGUGGACAUGCAAGUCCCCAACCACCACAAGGAGCUUAAACUAAUGGAGACUCUUGUUUAUACAAGGCCACGGAAGGUCAUGGUGGAACAGACUAAAAAUGAGUACUUUGAACUCAAAGCCAACUUACAUGCUGAACCAGACUACUUAGAAGUCUUAGAGCAUCAAACGACUUUCAACUGAGAUAAGUACACUGUAUACUUUGAUUUGACAAAUGAUACUCCAAGUGCCUUGACAGUUCAUUCUGAGUUCUGAUUUAGCCCGAGAGAUGUAAUAAAACAACGUCAGAGUAGAGGCAAUCCUCACGAUACGAUCAUUUGACGUGGACACAAUGUCUUAUUUCAUGUGGACCUUUAGCGUUAGCAUUGCAGAUGAUGGAUUAUGCAUUCUGACAAAAUUCCAGUCGCACCGAAAGAGUCACAAACAGUUGUGUUUGGACAAGAUUGGCUUUGAUACCAGAGCAUUUGUUGUGUAUUGUGGUUAAUGCAUUCUCUUUAUCUUUGGUAGGGAAGACUAGCAUAGAGUCACGUCACAUUUCUAUCUGUGUAUCUCUUAUUAUGUAUGUAACAGAUCUUCAAGCACUGUUUAUCUGUAGCAAUGGAAGAAAUUGUGCUUUCUUUCUUUCUUUCUUUCUUUCUUUCUUUCUUUCUUUCUUUCUUUCUUUCUUUCUUUCUUUCUUUCUUUCUGUCAUACAGAACAUUUAUGGUUAGUUAAUUCCCUGAUUUGCUAAGUUUGGAAUUAAACAUUCCCAACACAGUUUUUGUUCAUUAAAUAUUAAAUAAUGGUUGUAUUUGGAUCGCAAGAUGCCUGAAAAUUGCAUUUAUUAAUAAAUAAGGCGUCAUCAAGAGCGAGUAGCUUGCCAAACGGCUAUUGUUUUGACCCUGAGGUCAGACUUUAUGAGUGGGCUCAUUUAUCGUGCCUGAAAUUGGCCUCUCACCUGGAAUUCUCAACAUGCCUGGAGAGUUUGUUCAGAAAUCAUGUCACAGACCCACUUGCUCAUUACCUCCACUGCUUCUGAUAUGGACAAAAACUCUGCUGGGCAUCCUUGGAGAAAAUGAAAAGAAAAGAAUUGCACUACUUAAAAUACCAUUUAAAGGUGGUUGAUGACAAUCACGUUGUUGGGCAGCACAGUCUACGGCAUUUUUCCCAUAAGAAAACCAAGUAGUGUAGCUUCUGGGUUGUAUAAUAUUGCUGUUUAAAGUUCCUUUUGAAAACACAAACCAUAUCUGACUAUUUUCUUUCAGCAUGACAAUUACAGUAUGCAGGGUGUUUUGUCUUCAUUAUCUGGCUGGAGAAGAAAAGAAAAUAUAUAUCUAUAUAUGUAUAGAGAAAAUAUGCACAGAAUUAUUGUGUUAAGCCUUGAAUUGUUUUACUGUAUGGAAGAACACCAUAGCUUUAUUUUGUACAAGUGUGGAUGAUAGUUAUUUAUUCUGUAUAUUUGUACAUAAUUUAACAUUUAUAUGUUUGUGUGCCUUUAAUGUGGUACCAAUUAAGCUGUAAAUAAAAAUAAAACAAUA